CGUUCCACAUCAAAUACAGCAAGUCUCUCUCACUAUAGAGUAGACAUGGAUAUACUCAGGAGUAUCGCUCACCAACCCACCAUGUGUGAACACUCGGUGAACAAGCCCUCCGAGAUCAAGAGGAAGAAGUCAGAGGAGCAAAUUCAAGCCACACAAGAGUUGUCACGGAUUAUUACGGAUCCAACAAAGGGGAAAUGCUAUUGCCGAGGAAAAGUUCUGGGCAAGGGAGGAUUUGCCAAAUGUUAUGAAUUCACAGAUUUGGCAUCAGGCAAAGUGUAUGCUGCAAAGAUCAUUCCACACACGCGGGUCUCCAAGCCGCACCAAAGGGAAAAGAUUGACAGAGAGAUUGAGCUGCACAGAAUUCUCCACCAUAAGCACAUUGUGCACUUCUACCACCACUUUGAGGACAAAGACAACAUCUACAUUCUCUUGGAAUACUGCAGUCGACGAUCACUGGCCCACAUCCUGAAGGCUCGGAAAGUACUGACAGAGCCUGAGGUGAGAUACUACCUCCGACAGAUCGUCUCCGGGUUGAGGUACCUCCACGAACAGGAGAUCCUGCACAGAGACCUGAAACUGGGCAAUUUCUUCAUCAAUGAGUCUAUGGACCUGAAGGUAGGGGACUUUGGCCUGGCUGCCAAGCUGGAGCCCGUUGAGAACCGAAGGAGGACGAUAUGUGGCACGCCCAACUACCUGUCCCCUGAGGUGCUCAACAAGCAGGGCCACGGCUGUGAGUCGGACAUCUGGGCCCUGGGAUGCGUCAUGUACGUUUGCUUUGGAUACUUCCAUGUUCACAGUCACCUCAAUAGAGCCUCUUGCUUCAUUCAGAUUCAUUGUGAACACAAGGCACGCUACACGCUGCCCUCCUCCCUGACGACCCAGGCCAAACAGCUGAUCAGCAGGAUGCUGGCCAAGAGCCCUGCAGACAGACCACACCUGGAAGACAUCCUCAGACACGACUUCUUCACCCAGGGGUUCACUCCAGACAAGCUGUCGGCCAGCUGCUGCCACACGGCUCCAGACCUCCACCACACCAGCCCUGCCAAGAGCUUCUUCAAGAAGGCUGCGGCCGCCCUGUUCGGAGGGGGCAAGAAGGACAAAGCCAAGUACUUGGGGACUUUGAAUAGAAUGGCCAAAGAGGAAGAGGAGCUCACCAGGCUGCGGAAUGACCUGAGGAAGACGUCUAUCAGCCAGCCUCUCUCCAGAUCGGCAUCUGAGAACAGCAGCAAGCCCCCUGUGGCCCCCACCGUGGCCAGGCCAGCAGCCUCUGUCAAGGAAGGGGUCAACGGCACCAACAAGCAGCAGCUGAGGGACACAAUCCGUUUGAUUGUCAGAGGCACCCUGGGCAGCUGCAGUAGUGAAUGUCUUGAGGACAGUACCAUGGGCAGUGUAGCAGACACCGUGGCCCGGGUGCUGAAAGGGUGUCUGGAGAAUAUGCCGGAAGCGGCUGACCUUCCCAAAGAGAAUCUGGGCAGCAGCUUCCAGUGGGUGACCAAAUGGGUGGACUACUCCAACAAGUAUGGCUUUGGCUACCAGCUGUCGGACCACACCGUGGGAGUCCUCUUCAACAAUGGCACACACAUGAGUCUGCUGGCAGAUAAGAGGACCGUUCACUACUAUGCCGAGCUGGGCCAUUGUUCUGUCUUCUCCACCUGCGAGGCUCCAGAGCCAUUCAUAGGCCAGGUCACCAUUUUGAAAUACUUUGCCCAUUACAUGGAGGAGAACCUUAUGGAUGGUGGAGACUUGCCCAAUGUGACAGACCCCAGGGCCCCCAGGCUCUACCUGCUGCAGUGGCUGAAGUCAGACCGGGCCCUCAUGAUGCUCUUUAACGACGGCACCUUCCAGGUGAACUUCUACCAUGACCACACCAAGAUCCUCCUAUGCAGACAGAAUGAUGAGUACCUGCUCACCUACAUCAACGAGGAGCGCAUCUCCACCAACAUGCGCCUGAGCACCCUCCUAACGGCCGGCUGCAGCGCUGACCUGUGCAGUCGCAUGGAGUACGCACUCAACAUGCUGCUGCAGAGGUGCAACUGAAGAACCAAGGCUGCAGCCAUUUUGGGGGCUUUGGUGUUUGCGUGAGAGGUCAAGGUUUAACGGGAGAACUUGUUAAUUGACGUGGCUCUGUUGUGGUGGGAAGUCUGUGGCAGCAUGGAUGGAAUGGAGGUACAAAGAACGCAUCCCUUCAUGGAAAGCAAAGAGAAAAGGCUGGUAAGAGGAGAUGGACAAUGCUGGGCUGGAUCCAGACGAUACAUUGCAAAAAGGAACUGAAACGCUAAUGUUUUUUUUAAAGGACAAUCUUUUUGUGUGGUUGCGGAGUUAGGUGUUUUGGUUAAGGCGAGGCUUCAACAGGGUGGGGUUGAAUUGAGUAGCUCUCUGCAGGGCAGAGGAGGAAACGUGUUACUGUGAAAACAUUCCACAACACUAGGUGGGGAGUUGGCUUCUAGCCAGGUAGUCUUUUGCUAAGCCAAUGGCGUGGCUACAACUAUGCCCUACUGUGACAUCAAAGGUAGAGAAAGCCAGAGGACCUUCUGGACCAAUGCCAUUUCACAUAGUGUACAUGACUAGAUUAAUUUAUUACAUGGUGCAGUAUUUAUUUAAUAAACAAACCCUCUUUGUAUAUAUUUUGUGACUGCUGUUUUAAAUGUCAUGAUUUUCAUUAAAUCAUAAUGAUGUUGC